CACAAAUAUUUUCCUUGAAAAAAUAUUUAUAUACAGCAAAUCUCUGCUUGCACAUGCGGGAAUCGCACACCUUGACCCAAUUAUAUAAAUGGCCAAGGCUACCUGCUUCCACUCAAAUACAAUUGUUUGUUCCUUCUUAAUGCGUGGCACCUUUAACCUUUUAAUUGUAUUAUUUUCACAACCUCGCGUCUUUCACUCAUUAUCACAACCUAACCUUUUAAAACUUCAUCUGCUUCGCCAUGAAACUAUCCAUUGUCUUCUCAGCCAUUGCAUCCACCGCCUUUGCUGCCAACAGACUUCAGGCCGUACCAUUCCUGGGUGCAGCCGACUCCCUGUUUGGUGGUGGUAUUGAAGGCGCUGGUGUUGACAUGGCCGGAAACAUAUAUGCGGUGAACUUUAACGCCAAUGGGACUUCUGCUGGCCAGAUUGCUCCAACUCAAGCCUUAUUUUUCAAGUCGUCCAACGACACUUCCCUUGUCAAUGGUAUUCGCUUCAAUAUUGACAGCAAAGGCGCUGAGGAGGCAUACAUUGCAGACGCAGUUACCCACCAGAUUGUCCAACUAACGGGCCGUCAAGACGCUACCGGUAUCUUUGACAAGAUUGACAUAUUCUGCCAAGACGAAAAUAUGCUCCAACCCAAUGACCUUGCCAUUGCCUCAUCCACUGGCCGCAUCUUUACGUCAGGCAUGCGCUGGACCAGUGACUCAGUAGUUGGUGAUGGCGACUUGUGGACAUGUGGCAAGGAUGGUGUUGCUAGGAGUCUGGGCACCUUCAUGCGCACAAAUGGUAUUGAAGUCAGCCCCGACGAAAAAACACUUUACUUAUCCGAGGCUGGCAACAAAGGCGGGAGUGUUGUUUCCAAUGUCAUCCACGCCUUUGAUCUCGAUGCAGCUACGGGUGACGUAUCCAACAAGCGCACAUUUGUAGACUUUGCUCAACUCGACCAGUCUGAGGCAACCGACAUUGAUGGCAUGCGCACUGAUGUGGAUGGAAAUCUCUAUGUCUCGCGCAAUGGACUCGGCCAGGUAGCUGUGUUUGCACCUGCGGGCGAGCUUACAGCCUAUAUUAAUGCAACAUCUAUUGACUUUGUAUCCAAUCUCGAGUUUGGAGGCUCUAAUGGAACUGACUUGUAUCUGAUCGGUAGAUGCAAGGAGGAUGAGACUAAGGGCUGUGCUGAUGUUUUGAAGGGAUCUGCUCAGGGCCGCGCAUUCAGCAACCUUCAGCCAUCAGCAGCCGCACCAACUGUGACGCCCACAGACGAACCCAAUUCUUCGUCCACAGACAAAUCUACCACUUCUCCAACUGUUCACCGCUGCCCGUCCAAAUAGGGUCAAUUUUUAAGAAUUUGUUGCGAAUAUAAUUGUCAUAUUAUAUUUAUUUAUUUACAUAAUUAUAAAAAAGUACAAUCUGCUAAAACUA